GAAAGGUCUACUUGUACUCUCUGAGUUUGUUGAAUUAUUCUUGAUAUCCUGUCUACUUCUCUUGAGUUGAGAACUUCUCAAAGAGCCUCAGCCCCAUUUACGAAAUUCCUGGUCAUUAAAACGUAACCACUUCGGUCCAGAUUUGAAGCAAAAGUCAUUCCAUAGACCCCCUCAAGCAACAUGCCUCUAGCUAAGCAUAUCGAUCCUGAUACCAUCAUCAAUCAACUCCGUACCAGCAGUGCACAUUCCCAUCGCCAUCAUCUUCACAGCCAGAAUAUUAAUGCAACUCUGACUCCAUACUCAUCACGGUACAAUGCUCAAGAUGAAAUCUCCAAAUUCAAGAUUCCCCAAAACGGGGCUCCAGCAGAAGCCGUUCAUCAAAUGCUCAAGGAUGAACUUGAUUUGGACGGUCGACCAAAUCUCAAUCUGGCCUCCUUCGUCGGCACAUACAUGGAGCGUGAGGCCGAGGCACUGAUGAUUGAAAAUAUUAGCAAAAACAUGUCGGACGCGGACGAGUACCCGGCCAUGAUGGCAAUGCACCAAAGAUGUGUCAGUAUCAUCGCACACCUCUGGGGUGUGCAGAAGGGAGAGACAGCGGUAGGAACCGCCACGACUGGGUCGUCUGAGGCCAUUCAUCUUGGUGGCCUGGCCAUGAAACGUCGCUGGCAGGAAAAGAGGAUUGCCGAGGGAAAGGACACCUCCAAACCCAACAUCAUCAUGGGCGCCAAUGCCCAAGUCGCCCUUGAAAAGUUUGCCCGCUACUUUGAAGUGGAGGCGAGGAUCCUCCCCGUCAGCAAGAAAAGCAGCUAUCGCUUGGAUCCUGAAUUGGUCAAGGAGAACAUAGACGAGAACACAAUUGGCGUCUUUGUGAUCCUGGGCAGUACAUAUACUGGCCAUUAUGAACCUGUCUGGGAAAUCAACGACAUCCUCGACGCCUAUGAGAAGAAGACAGGCCACGACAUCCCAAUCCACGUUGAUGCAGCUUCAGGUGGGUUCAUUGCACCAUUCACCAAAGCGCACGCAGGAGGCCACAAAUGGGAUUUCGAAUGCAAGCGGGUGAAAUCAAUCAACACCAGCGGGCACAAAUUUGGUCUGGUCUAUGCUGGGGUUGGCUGGAUCAUCUGGCGAGACGAGAAGUACCUGCCAAAGCAUCUUAUCUUUGAAUUGCAUUACCUAGGUGGCACCGAGGAGUCUUACACACUCAACUUCUCCCGUCCUGGCGCCCAGAUCAUCGCACAGUACUACAACCUCAUCCAUCUUGGGUACAAUGGGUUCCAGGCGAUUAUGGAGAAUGCCUUGCGUAAUGCCCGCCUCUUGAGCAAAUCGCUGGAAGCUACUGGUUGGUACCAGUGUGUGAGCGACAUACAUCGACCAAAAGGCCAGUUUGAAUACCAAGGCAAACUCGAGCAUGAACCCGAAGGUGAAGGUGUCAGUUCAGCGGAUUUCAACGCUGGAUUACCCGUCGUCGCCUUUCAUUUCACCCAGAAAUUCAAGGACGAGUAUCCCCAUGUCAAGCAGGAGUCUGUCAGCACCUUACUCAGGGUUAAGCAGUAUAUCAUCCCAAACUAUCCCCUGCCGCCCAAUGAAGAAAAACAAGAGAUUCUGCGUGUGGUCGUUCGCGAGAGUAUGAGCCUGGAUCUUUUGGACCGUCUGAUCAGCGAUAUCAUCGCCGUGACUCAAUCAUUGAUGGAAUCGGAUGUAUUUGACCUCCAGGCGUUGCAGAACUCGGCCACAUCUAUCGAGCAGUCGCAUGGCUCCAAGGGAGUUUCGGCAAAACAUCGUCAUAGGCAUGGCAGCGCGAGACCAAGAGAGGAGGGUGUGUACAGGGCCGUAUGUUAGACUAGUCGAGAGAUGUCAGUGGUGUUGUAUCCCAUGCCAGUUCGAACAUGUCUCACCGCUGUAACAACUCUCCCUCCUGCCGCAAAACGGGUCCUUCUGGAAAAGAUAAAGAAGAUGCACUGCGCCAUCUGUCGUGGUGCUUAGAUGACCAAUGCAUUGGCGGCAAAAGGAAAAAAGAGCAACUCAAUGAUUGGACUGCCGUUUGCCUUUGGCGAAAAUGUCAUGUCAUGACCCCUGAAGAAAUAAUUAGCCAAUGUGUUCAUACAACCCAUCUUUGUUCA